GGGCCUUCCCCCUCAAGAAAUUAAUUUAAUAUCGUGUGACCCGAUGGGCCACAUAUCAGAUAUUAAACUGAUAAGAACAGAUACUACACUUGAUCUUAGCCAAAAGGCCGAGAAAGGUAUGCUUUGCUCAUCUUCUCCGUUUUUCUUUUAUAGCCAGGGUUCCCUUCCAGCUACUCAUCUUCUUUCGGUGUGGGACUAAAAAACCUUCCGGGCAUCAAACCAUUUUGUUUCGAGGCAUUCCCAAGGCCUAGAAAGCCUUUGCCAAAGAUCGCUUGCUUUCAUUAACUGGGGGAUUGGACGACUCAUGCAGGCGUAGCCAACGUGGCGAAAGAAUGCCGCGAGUGAGUCCUGUGUUGCGCAAGUGUCGCAAAGCUCUUCAAGAUUCGGACGUGCUCAAAGUCUUGCAGUCGGAGAUCACACACGAGCUCUGCUCUAAUCGCUUUCAGAAUAUUCAAAGUGGUUCUCUGGGGGAUUUUUUGGUAGAAUGGGACUCAUCAAAAUCUCAAGAUGUGGUUUUGCGGAGAAAAUGUGAGUUGGGGGAAGAGGUUGUUGUUUCGGCUGUUCUGGGUCCAGUUACAUAUGGAAGAGAUAGUGUGUUUCCAAGGGAGGUUUUGAUGAAAGUAUGUUUGAAAAAGCCUGGCCUGAGCUCAAUCUUGCAGUUUGAUUGUGGAGUUUCUGACAGAGGUAAUGCUGGGUCUGAGUUUGACAUCCAUAAUGCCUGCUAUAUCCAAUCAUCAGCUCGUGUGGAUUCUUCAGCCUACAGAGGCCCGUUGUUUAGCUCUUUGGACCCUCAACUACAAGAUGCACUCAAGGAGUAUCUAGUAUCCAAGGGAAUUGGAGAAAACCUGACCAACUUCCUCUUGCUCCACCUACGUAAAAAAGAGCAAGGUCAAUACGUGAACUGGUUACACAAACUCGAAUCCUUGGUGGCAAAAGGCGAGUGAAAAAACUAUGGAAGGUUUAAAUCACACAUGCAGUGCUUCAUUCUUUCCCAUUGAUACCCGCCCCAUCUUGGUGUACGUAUGAGAAUUUGUUGUUUUUUCAAUUUUUAUUCAGUUUGAUCCCAACUUUUAACAAAUGAUGGGACACUAGUGUUAUUUAUUUGUGGAAGAGUCUGGGUCGUCGUCGUCAUGUUGGUAACCACGGGAUGAGCAGUUGGAAUAAUUUUAGAAUAAUGAAGCUUAGAGCAUAUAGUUUGCACCAA